AUGGCCUCCAAGUCAAUCAAUGUACACGGCGAAAAUGGGGCCGGCAAGAAGACAUUGAUAGGGAGCCUCAUCUUUCGAUGUGGCUUGGAAAUGCAGAUGCUGGAACAGCUGAAACGCAAUGGGAUCCAUCAGUAUGCUGAUGUUGUGCCGUACUUCGAAAGAGAAGGCAUCCCACCAUCAUUCUACGCCAAGUCGGCCAAGUUCCUAGUCGAGAGAGAGAACCAAACGCCAGACGUCGUGUUUUGGCUUGUCGAUGCGACGGAUCCUGGCGCUGCGAAGACCUCGAGUCAAAGACUGGCUUCCAUGCUGGCUGCUGCCACUAUGAACCCCAAGGAGAAGCUGCUUAUCUUGGUGAACAAGAUGGAUCUCACGAAGUGGUCUGAGGACGCAUUCCAGCAAGUUGCACGCCAGUUCCGUGCACUGAGCCUCCCCAAAGACAAGGCUUUUAUCAUUCCAGUAUCGAGUACGGAGGGUACGAACAUGCUGUCCUCCCCGCAGGAUGUUCCGUGGAUGCAGACACCACCUGCUGGCAGGUCGGACGAGUCCGAAGAUCUGGACCAAACAUUGAUGGACAUUCUUGGAUAG